AUGAGUGAGCUUCCUCAUUUAAGGCAGAAAGGUAUCUUGUGCCCCACGAUUCAUCCAUUCAUCCUUUUGCAUUCACGAAGCUCCUCUUCUUUGUCUGAUAACACUAUGAAUUACCAUCCACCUCAUCCAUUCUAUAAACCAUUGGGUGAAGCUCAAGGAGACAAAUAUGGAGGCAAGGAGGGAGCAGAUGGAGAGGAGCUUCUUAGGCGGCUCUGCAUUGGAAAUCACAACGAAGGAGAAGAAAACAAGGCCCAGAUCUUGGACAACCAUCCCAGAGGGCAGAGCGAAGGCUCAGAAAUGGGACCAGGCGAUGCCGAAGGCCCGAUGGGCGCUGAUGGCGACGAGAUACCUAGCGGUGCCAACAACAGUGAUGGCAAUGGGGUACUUGGCGGUGCCAACAUGCCGGCCCAGGCAUUGGGUGACGCCAGCGAGUUUCUAGGCGGCACCAGUGGGUCGGGCGAUGCCAUGAGCGCGAUGGCUGCGAAGUCCUCGGGAUCAACCCAAGCAGGUGACGCGGAAGUAAGAGCAGCGGGCGACACCAAAGGAAGGGAGGCCAACGCCUUGGUGAGACGUGAUGCUGCUACGCCAGUCGCUGUAGGUUGCAGUAGUGGCGAGCUGUUAAGAGCAAACGCAGGAAGACCAGGCAUAGAUGCUGAAGCGGCGUCCAUUAGAGUAGCUGGUAUUGGAGCUGAUGGACUAGGUGCCCCGAAAUGGUAG